GAAGCACGCAGUAUCAUUAAACCUCUUCUUUCUCCGACCUUAUUGCCACGCCUCUUUCACCGCGCAAUGAUUUUAAAUCUCUGAUACAACCUACAUAGUAUCCAGUCAUGAUUUACCGACUCCUCCACCCUAGCCGUCGCUGCAAACGAACCCUUCUCAGGCUUCUCUCCCUAGCUGUAGCCUUGUACCUGGUUCUCGACACUCUAUUCCUGACGCUUGUCGCCCCACCACCUCCACGCUUACCGGCCCCUUCAACCCCUUCGAAUCAUGGGCGAAUAUUCAUUGCAAGCAUACAUUGGUUCAACGAGAGGAUAUUGAGAUCACACUGGAACAAGGCGGUGGUGGACCUAAUGGAGCAUCUCGGUGCAAAUAAUGUAUACGUAUCGUUAAUUGGAAGCAAAAGUGUGGACAACACUAUAGGCGCACUACAAGAAUUAGAUGCUCAACUAGAGCAGCUGCACGUCCCUCGCUCAUUCAUGAUGGAAAAUCGCACACACGAGGAUGCGAUAUCGCGAACACCAUCUCCUGGCGAGCCAGGCUGGAUAAACACACCUCGGGGAAAGAAAGAGCUCCGACGGAUUCCGUACCUCGCGAAUGUGCGAAACAGAGUGAUGCAAGAAAUGGAUAAAGCACUUGCAGAUGGUCUCGGACGCUUCGACAAGGUUCUCUGGCUCAAUGAUGUGGUCUUCACGACUCAAGACGUUCUCACGCUUCUAUCCACCAAUGCAGGCGAGUACGCCUCAGCAUGCUCCAUCGACUUUUCCAAGCCGCCGAUCUACUACGACACCUUUGCUCUACGGGAUAUAUCUGGCGCGAAGACACUUACGCAGACAUGGCCAUACUUCUUAUCUGGCGUCUCCCAACAGGCUCUUCGUCUGAACGACCCGAUUCCUGUUCAAUCAUGCUGGAACGGCAUGGUCGCCAUGGAUGCAAAGCCCUUCUACAAUGACACACCGCUCCGGUUUCGAGGCAUCCCCGACAGUCUGGCUGAACUCCACUUGGAAGGCUCCGAGUGCUGUCUCGUGCAUGCAGACAACCCCUUGAGUGCCGCGAAAGGGGUCUUUCUCAAUCCGAACGUCAGGGUAGGCUACAGUGCGGACGCCUAUUAUGCCGUAAAUGCCCCUAUUCAGUGGCCUUCACCCCAAGAACGCUUCCGCGGAAUCUGGAAGCUCCGGUUGGUGUGGCUACUCGGCAUGCCACAACGCAUAAUAGAGAACGUUGUUGUCGCCUCGAGACUGAAGCGGUGGCAAGCACAGAAAACCACUGGUGGGAUAGCGAAUAAAGAGAACGGAACUCACUGCCUGAUCAAUGAAAUGCAGGUCCUGGUAGGGAACGAUGGGUGGAAACACCUUUAAUACAAAAGCGAAUCAAACACAAAUUUCAGCUUCAGCUU